CACUGUUUAACCCAUCCACCACCCCUAAAAAAAAAAAAAAACUGGAAUAUAGAGGUGGUGACGAGAGAGGGCUUGAAACCUGCGUAAGGUGAUUCUGAGUGGGUGUAAGCUUCAACAUUAUUGGAACGAUGGAAGAUGAGAUGCCGAAGAAGAACGACCGCGGCGGGGGACGACUCUGCUGUAUCUGCAACCAAAGAAGGCCCGCUCUCAAGAGACCCAAAACCCUAGACCAGAUUUGCAGAGAGUGUUUCUUCGCCGUCUUUGAGGAGGAGAUCCACAGGGUUAUCGUGGAUAAUCAGCUUUUCAAGCCCGGCGAGCGCAUUGCUAUUGGAGCUUCUGGUGGCAAAGAUUCAACUGUACUUGCUUAUGUGUUGUCAGAGCUGAAUCGUCGGCAUAAUUAUGGCUUGGAUCUCUUUCUCUUGUCAGUUGAUGAAGGCAUCACAGGAUAUAGGGAUGACUCUCUUGAAACUGUCAAAAGAAAUGAAAUCCAGUAUGGAUUGCCUUUAAAAGUGGUGUCUUACAAGGACCUGUAUGGAUGGACAAUGGAUGAAAUAGUGAAGAUUAUUGGUUUAAAGAACAAUUGCACAUUUUGUGGGGUUUUUCGUCGCCAGGCUCUUGAUCGUGGUGCUGCAUUGCUGAAAGUGGACAAGCUAGCUACCGGGCAUAAUGCAGAUGAUAUUGCUGAAACAGUUCUUUUAAACAUAUUAAGAGGUGACAUUGCUAGGUUGAGCCGAUGCACAUCUAUAACCACUGGUGAAGAUGGACCAAUUCCAAGAUGCAAGCCUUUUAAAUACACCUACGAGAAAGAGAUUGUUAUGUAUGCAUAUUUUAAGAAGCUGGACUACUUCUCAACUGAGUGCAUUUAUUCACCGAAUGCUUAUCGUGGUUUUGCACGUGAAUUCAUUAAAGAUUUAGAAAGGAUCAGACCUAGAGCCAUCCUUGACAUCAUUAAAUCAGGUGAGAAUUUCAGGAUCUCCACUUCUACUAAAAUGCCAGAGCAGGGAACUUGUGAACGCUGUGGUUACAUUUCUAGCCAGAAAUGGUGUAAAGCCUGUGUAUUGCUAGAGGGAUUGAAUCGAGGUUUGCCAAAGCUAGGCAUUGGACGAAGUAGAGGUCUCGGUAAUGAUGAUAAAAAGCAUAAUGAUCAAAGUAAUGGAACCAAAACUAUACAGAGCAAGCAAUGCGGGGCAUUAGAUUUCUGAUGAUGUUCUGGGGGUAACUUCAGCUUGUUGCGCUUUCAGGAUUUGGGUCCUCAUUAAAGGAUUAUCAAAAGAUCAGAGAGUCCAGUUGCUAGCAAUUUUAGAAUUCUUGCAGGUAAAAUAUUAUCUGCUCUCAUCAUGCGUAGAAGAACUAAUUCAAGACUUGUAGUUCCCCCCGAUCCAAUGAAGAGGAAUGCUGAGGAAUAUUAAUGUGGCGAACACCAGAAACCAUAGCUUUACCCGAGAGUUGUCCGUUUAGCUUAACGGUCAGUUGUUACAGUAGUUGCUUUUGUACACCCCUAAACGAUAAUAUAGCAGAAACAAAACAGAUUGUAAUAGCGAAUUUUGGUAGCAUUCAUUUUUAAUUGAUGUUUUGGCUUUCAAGG